GUAUUUACACCAUAAGUGUUAAAACCCGGCUAUCUCUCUCUCCGACGUGAUUUUUCCGGCGAUGGAAGACAUAGAGGAUCUGUUAGUUGGAAAUGGAAGCUCUCCACCUGGAUUCAGGCUGCCGAUGGCGGCGGCUAUCGGCAUCAAUCCGAAUAAGAAGAGGAACGUCAAUCAAUCCAACCUCAGAAAGAGUCUUAUGGAUAAUAGCUCGCACCUUGCUUCUAUGACUCCCGCAGUCCCUGGAACUCAGACGAUUUACUUGAAAACAUUUGGCUGUUCGCAUAAUCAGAGUGACAGUGAAUAUAUGGCGGGUCAACUGUCAGCAUUUGGUUAUUUACUUACUGAGAAUCCUGAAGAGGCAGACUUGUGGCUUGUAAACACUUGCACAGUCAAGUCACCAAGCCAGUCUGCUAUGGAUACACUGAUAUCAAAAUGCAAGACUGCAAAAAAGCCCUUGGUGGUGGCAGGUUGUGUUCCUCAGGGAAGUCGCAAUCUGAAAGAGCUUGAAGGUGUCAGUAUUGUUGGAGUCCAGCAAAUUGAUCGUGUAGUUGAAGUUGUAGAAGAGACUUUGAAAGGGCAUGAAGUGCGGCUUUUAAACCGCAAGACUUUACCUGCACUUGAUCUCCCAAAGGUGAGAAAGAAUAAAUUCGUUGAGAUUCUUCCCAUUAAUGUCGGUUGUUUAGGUGCUUGCACCUAUUGCAAGACAAAACAUGCUCGUGGACAUUUAGGAAGCUACACUAUUGACAGCCUUGUAGGGCGAGUUCGAAAUGUCAUAGCUGAUGGAGUGAAAGAGAUUUGGCUGAGCAGUGAAGACACUGGUGCAUAUGGCCGUGACAUUGGAACUGAUCUUCCAAAAUUGCUGAGAGCAAUUGUUGCAGAGCUUCCCUUGGAUGGAAGCACAAUGCUUCGCAUUGGGAUGACUAAUCCUCCCUACAUUUUGGAGCACUUAAAAGAUAUUGCCGAAAUUUUGUGUCACCCAUGUGUAUAUUCAUUUCUCCAUGUACCAGUACAAUCUGGGAGUGAUGCUGUCUUAUCUGCAAUGAAUCGGGAAUACACUGUGAGUGAGUUCAGGAGAGUAGCAGACACAUUAAUUCAGCUUGUCCCAGGGAUGCAGAUUGCCACAGAUAUAAUUUGUGGAUUCCCUGGUGAAACUGAUGAAGAUUUUGGUGAAACUGUUAGCCUUAUAAAGGAGUACAAGUUGCCGCAAGUUCACAUAUCACAAUUUUACCCACGACCUGGCACUCCCGCUGCAAGGAUGAAAAAGGUUCCGAGUGCAGUGGUCAAGAAUCGUAGUCGUGAACUGACAACUGUUUUUGAAUCAUUCACACCAUACGACACUAUGGGUGGAAAAACAGAGAGGAUAUGGAUCACUGAUAUCGCUACAGAUGGAAUCCAUUUGGUGGGUCACACUAAGGGAUAUAUACAGGUGCUGGUGUCUGGACCUGAAACCAUGUUGGGUACCAUAGCAGUUGUAAAAAUAACAACAGUUGGAAGGUGGUCUGUUUUCGGUGAGGUGAUUGAUACAUUGGAUCACAUAAAUAAGAAAAAAGAUUUGGUUCAAAACAAAUCUAAACCCGAGGACCGCGUUAAAAAAUGUCCCAAUUCUGAGGAUACUUGUUCAUGUAAUAAAGAGGCGGAGCCUUGUGCAUGUGAAAACCAAUCUUGCGGUAAAACAAGUUUAUCGGAAGAUACAAAUAGAUUAAGCACGUUUGGAUGGUUGUUAAGGCAAAGAAAGCAUCUACAGAAGAGAAUGGGUAAGAGUAUGAAAACCGAAGAAGAGCAGCUGAAGAGUGGGUAUGAAGUGAAGAAAUGUGAGCAGUGGGGGGAUUUUAUCGAUAGGGCGCUUUUGGGUGGGAUUCUUGUUAGUUUAUUAGCAAUUUUAGCCCUAGCUUAUUACAAUUUGAGAUAGAUUUCAAGACGGUUUGUUUGUUGAGAGAAUGCUAUUUCCUGUUGUUUUGCAUGUUUUGCUGUAACUUAUUUGGUAUUUUGGAUACUUAAAUUAAAUAGGUUAUUUUUAACUGGAAAGCUUUGAUGUCACAUGAAUUUGUUUUAUUUUA